GUUGAAUCUAAAUUCUUAACAAGUCAGGCAACUCAUUUGUUUAUGACUGAGCCUAUUCACUUUCAAGUGACUCAACUCGACAAAACGGUUAUAGUUUGGGCUGGUAAAACAGACGGAAAACUAGGUGACUUGUCUGUUGCUAUGCCUCCCUUUGGCUCUCAAACACAUGCACCAGCCACUUCAAUAUUCAGUAAAGAUGUCUCUGAACAAAGUCGCAACUUAUCCCGUAGAUUAGCAUCCAAAUACAAGCAACAAUUUUAUGUUAGUUUAGAUUUAUCAAGUUCGGACGACAUGUUGUUUGUAUUUGUAGAAAAGAAACUAACAGAAAUGCUCAAGAAACUUUUAGCUUAAAGCAUGUUUCUUCUUUAAUAUAUACAUUUGAUGUGUUGUGUACAAUUUGUAUGAUGCAAAUAAAAGAAAAAGAAAAAAAUAUAUUCUAGA